GCCAAGCAAUCAAUAUUUGCCCAACAAGAGAGAUUACAACAUCCAGUGGACAGAUUAGGUCGCCUAACUAUCCAAGCAACUACUCCUCAAACACUGAUUGUACACUCAAGAUCAAACAACCCUUGGACACAAACUUUACUUUCACUUUCACCAAGCUUGAUUUUGAGAGUGAUCACAAUGACGGUAGGUAACUUAAUUUAUGUUACACUUUAUGGCAUGUUCAUAUCUGCGCAGCUAAUUGGGAAACUCCCACGUCUGAGGUUUGCAUGUAAAAUUGUUAAUGGUCAUGAUAAAAUAUUAAAGAUUGCCCAAGGACAAAUUGAUUAAUUUUGAUUAAAUUUGAAUGAAGAUUGGAUAAGAAAUUAGGAAAUGUUUGCCAAUCCUAGUAAAUUACAUGCGUCAUUAGACCAUUGUACAAUUUAUGCCCAGUACAUAACCUGACGGAUUAUCCAGUCUCUUAGUGCCCCCCAGUUUACAUGUUAUCAAUUAUUUAUUAUAUACAAUAUAUCUACUUACUUACUUUACAGAAUUCAAGUGUUAUGAUUACCUCAUUAUAUCUGGAGGUUCAUCAAAAAAAUUCUGUGGGAACACCACUCCGGCGCCAUUUGUACUUGGCCUGAAUGUCGUCACAUUGAAAAUGGUAACAGAUGGUAGUAUUGAACAAAGCGGUUUUGAUCUCAGCUUCACCACCGUUCAGAGUAAGCAAUAUUUUCGGUGUCUUCAGGGGCGACAGAGGGAAAUAAGGCGGCAGAAGACUUGUCUUAAACCGGGAGGGAGGGCGCCAGACAAAUCCCAGCUCCCAUAUUAAAGUCACCCUUGACUGUUGAUAUAUUGAGGUGGCCGAAAUUGCAGAGAAAAAUGGUUAUGUCUCUGAGCAUUAAUUACAUGACAUUGAGGGCUCAGUCAAGAAUUCCCGGCGCUUUUGUUUUGCUUUAUUCUGACUCAUUUGUGGUGACCUGUGUUGUAAAAAUUACCCAAAAGCUAAUGAGUAAAAAUUUCCUCCCUUAAUUUAAAACUAAUUAUUAUAAAUCAAAUUUUAAUUCCUUCAAAAGUAGUUGCCGAAUAUUACGUUUGGCUUAGGUGAUAAAAAGAUUGGACUACAACAGUAUAAGCAUGUACCUAAGCGACAUUAAAAAGACAAGUCUUAUAAUUGAAUUGCGUUGAAUUUGUUAUUUAAGUUAAUUGAAGUAGGGAAAUUUCUGUGUAGUUGCAUGACCAGUUAUAACACUCGACAGACAUUCAACUUCAAAGCAAUUUUCUUCUGAAAAUUCCAGAUAUGGCGAGUUUGAAAAAAAAAAAGUAUACACAGAAGUAACGCGAAUUGCUUUCUUCAAAAUGUUUCUCGUUACCUUAAAAAAGUAAGAAUUAAUCGAAAGUAAUUGGUGAUUAUUACAACAUUGGUGGUAAAAUAGGGCUCAAAUUGUAAGUUUAAAUAGAUUUUUAAUUGUGCUUGACUCAAGCAAUAUUUCUUGUGGGCGUACAACCUUUUCUUGGUCUCGAAACUCUAUGAGUAAAUCUGGAACUUUGCCGACUAUUUCUUUAAAUAAUUUAGCAGUUUUCCUCAUUCAUUUUUAGUACACGUCAGCAUGUAUAGACCCAUUGCACAUGACGUCACAGCGCCGGUGAUGAUGCAUCUGGAGGACAAAUUAGCAAUCUAUGCAUAAUAUAACUUUUGCAAACAAAGCAAAUUUUGUAAAACUUUAUGAUAAUUUUGUAUUAGAAUGGUUAAUUUUUCGCUGUAUGUGGUUUUUGUACCCGAACAGAUAUUGUUAGGGAGCAUCUGGAGGACACUCUAAGAAUUUGUGACGUCAGUGCAAUGGGUCUAUAUUCUGCCAUGUUCACUAGGGCUAGUUGAGCGAAGGUCGAAUAUCUGUAGUGAUUUCUUCAACCGUUUGUAAAAAAAUGCUUGAAAAGCUAUAAAACUAGUACUAGUAUGGAUAUCGAACACAAUUAACGAAAAGAAACUUUGACUUAUAUCACAAAUUGGUAUGCCAAAGAUCGAUUCCAGUUUUUUGCUACAUCCUGUGUAAAUAGAAUAUUCCUAUCUUUAUUUUUUCUAGCAACUGGUUUACCCCCAGCAGUGAGUGUGUGUCCGACCAGAUCAAUCACCCCCAGUGCUAUUGGUCGUGUCCAUUCCCCUGGAUUCGCUGAUAAUUAUGGUGCCAAUCUGAAUUGUAAGCUUACCCUGGAUGUGCCUUCAAAAAAGGCAGUUGAAAUUUCCUACAACUUUUACCAUAUUGGACGUAAGUAG